AUGUCACCCAAGGGGAUAUUUGGUGAUAGCGAUGAUGCAUCAACCGGUGCGGCUAGGGCCUUGCGCACCAGCACCACCCACGAUGGAUCCAGCAACGACAGGGGGAGACGGAACAGCGCCACGCUAGGCGCUGCUCUUGUUGUCAGCUCUCCGCGUGUUGCGCCGGCGCUUCAUCAUGAGCGUGCCGAUGCAAAGCGCCGCGAAGACGCUGAGCGCUGCGGGGACGUGCACGCACGCAUAUGUCGGCAGGAGCUUCUAUUCAGCGCACUUCCCGCCUCUGGCAGGUACGCAUCGGCACAGAGGAUCUGUGAGAUGGCCAACUCGCCGACGGUUCAGAUGCAAGCGGAGAUCCCCACAUGA